AGAAGGAGGACACUCCCACAUGCCCUGUCCCGCCUUCAAUGAACAGCGAGACCAACUUGCACGCGACGCGGGCCCAGCCGCCCGCUCGAUGAAAGAUCUCCUCAACUCAGCGAGCACCAUGAGACCCCUCUUCCGAUACAUACACGACACCGGCCGCUUCGCGGCCGCCUACGGAGACCUAGAGUUGAAAGAUGCGAAGGCGAGAGACCGCGCCCAGGGGGCGCAUCGACGCAUUCCCAUUUCAUUUCAGCUCUCUCACUACACUACAGAACACUCUAGUACUAUACCUGCCCUACGCUCCGGCGAACGGCGAUGCUCAGCGACCACGGACCAUACGAUACACACAACGAGAGUAGCAUACGUCAUGUCUACAUAGGGCUUCGCCCUCAGUGACACUAAAUGGAAUAAACAAACAAACAAACAA